GUUGAGCGUGUCCAGGUCGCAGUGCGAGUUCGGCCCCUGCUGCCACGGGAGGCUGGGAGUCGAGCCUGCGUAAGGUGUCCCCAGGGCAGCUCAACAACUGGAACCACCGGAGCUCUAUCAACUUCAACUUCUUCUUCUACAACUGGAACACCUGCAGCACUUCCGGUAUCCAUAGGAGUUGCACAUACGUUUUGGUACGACUUCUGUUUUGGCCCAGAGUGUAAUAAUGACGACGUUUAUCGCAGUUGUUGUUAUGGCUUCGGGACAAUCCUUUCAAGUUGGUAGGGUCUAGCGUUUCAAAUGAAGAUCCUCUAGAUGUUGUUUAUCUUCAUUCUAGCACUGUUCUCUCCGCUUCAACGCUUCUUUCAAAUCCAUCUUCAGAGGCAGCCUGAGCCGUCAUAAUAUCGUGUUCCUCCUCAGACAUAACCACUUGCUCCAAGAACUGGAAGCUGCGAAGACGCGCUUCCAGAUGGAUUUUUUAGGGGACUCUAAUGUUGUGCAGGUUUGCUCCCAGGCUUGCUCCAGGGAUGGAACGCCAGCGUCUUAGCUUAUGGCCAGACCGGAUCCGGAAAGACUUUCACUUUGGGUUCCUUCGCCCAAAACGUCCAUGGCGCACUUGGAGAUGCGUCCCAAGGCGUAAUCCCGAAAUUCGUCGACGCGCUCUUUAGAAAACUUGGUGAAAGAGAUCAUGGGCGGAGGGCCAUGUCGACUAGUUGCAUGCCGGAUGUGGGCAAGGUUAUGCUGGCCAAGAACAUUGAGUGUCCAUCUCUCCUAGCAUCUCUUCGUCUUCCGUAUCCUUGAAUACAAGGGAAAAGGUGGUGAGAUGGAUCCAAACACACUCGAACAAGGUUGCACAAUAUCAUGCAGGAGGAAGCACCAUAUCAUGCAGCUUUCUUGAGCUGCAUGCGGAAGAGUUGAAAGAUUUGCUGCAAAGGCGCGACGCCCCUCCACUUGUCCUCCGAGAAGACAAAACAAAUGGUCUUCUACUGCUAGAGACUUCGUUUUGGAUUUUGACCUUGCCUUACAUUUUUAAGCAUCAUUAAGUACUACAUCGAUCUUCUGUUUAUUGAUCAUAACCAACAUUAUCUUUGCCACGAGCACGACUAGUUGUACUAAAAAAAAAGAGUAACUUGAUCUUCUACUAUUUGAUCCUUGUUAUAUGGUCGCUCUACUUUAGUUUUUUGAAACUAGACUGACAAUCGUACUCUGAACAUCAGGCGUCGUUGUCCACGGCAUGCGCGAGGUCGAGGUCAAGAGCUCCGCAGAACUCUUGCGCCUGCUCGAGCGCGGAGCAGUCUACCGCACUACGGGUGCUACGCUGAUGAACGAUUUUUCCUCUCGCUCGCAUGCUUUACGGCUUCCCCUAGUCCAUCUUCAGAGGCAUUCUGCCGAGGCUUUCCAAAGGAGAAAGGGAUCCCUGGUGGGAAAAAACAUUUCAACGUCAUGCAGUUGUGAGUUUAAGAGGCUUUCCAAAGGAGAAAGGGACCCAGGACGCACCGCAAGAUGGAUCGGGGCUUAGGGUUCUAAAUGCAGUUUUCACCGUAACGAUCGUUUUGGAACCCGAGUGGUCGUCGUCAAAAACUGCGCGUUUGCGUUUUGUCGACCUCGCAGGUUCGGAGCGCGCAAAAAAGACGGGGACUGUGGGAGACCGGUUUCGUGAAGGUGUGUGCAUCAACCAAGGUCUGUUGGCCCUUGGCAAUGUCAUUUCGGCACUCGCUGGUGGUGCUACCAGCGUUGGAGACUCUAGUUUAUGGCUGGAAAGAGCAGACCCUAAAAACUUACAGAUGAGAGAACAAAACAGAUAAACCAGGCAGCUUCUGGUUGAACGACAUUAGUUGAACGACAUUACAGUUGCCUGGUUUAUCUGUUUGGUCCAAAUGACAUUAGUUGAACGACAUUAGUUGAACGAGUUAGUUAAUUGUUUGAAAGGGCGGUGGCAUAUAGUCCUAACGCAAAAAAAAACUCUACGGGUGCUAUGAACAGUACUAUCGGGGGCAUACACAUGACGAGGAGAUGAAAAACGCUCUCGUCCUCAGAGGAUUGACUCCUGGGAAGUUGCUUGUUGUAGCGGUCCUAACAUGCUUCACUAGUCGAUCCUUAUACAGAGGUAAUCCAUAUCUAACAACUGCGAUAGCAGCAACGAGCAGCGUUGGGGGAGUGGGAUCGUCGGAAGUGGCUGCAGCAGGUAUUCUCGCAGCUUCAUCCGGUGCGUGGCCCCAACAUAUUCCCUACCGCGACAGCAAGCUCACGAGGCUGCUCCAAGACUCUCUUGGGGGCAACAGUCGAACCGUACUGCUAGCCUGUGUUUCCCCAGCCGAAACGAACUUCGGUGAAAGUCUGAAUACGCUCAAGUUUAUGCUUCCGGUAUAUUUGGUAACCUGAAUUUGAUCAUAAGGGAAAACAAGAAGAGAACCCUCAUGAUCGAACUCAGAUUACCAAAUACCAGAACCAUACAAGGUGCUAAAAAGAUAAGGGGGAAGAGAUGAAUGAGAGCACACUGACUCUAACAAGUAUGCCAAUCGAGCACGAAAUAUUCGAAACAAAGUGUAUCAAAACUUCGUGACUACUCGACUAGGAGCCUUAGACGAACAAGGAGUCAGCGCAGAGGCUGGAGCCGAACUUGCGCGAUUACGACGGCAGGUUCGAGAC